UUCAAUCAUUUUCAGUGAGUGUGUCAGUCAUGGCAGUUCUCUCAUGGAUCCUCUCUCUCCUCUGUGUUGCAGGAUGUCACCGGUCUUCAGCCUCACCUGUCCGGGGGGUCCAGGUGGGGCAGAACGUCACUCUGACCUGUAACCUGACGUCCAGCGAGGAUGUCACCUGGUACCUGUUGCGUUCAGGUUCAGACCAGCUGCUGCCUCUGCUGACACUCAGCUUCAGUAAGCUGGAAGAACGCGUGGUCGCCCAUCACUCUGCAAACAUCAGCCACAUGAGCAGCGGCGGCGGGGGGGACCAGGAGACGGACCCCAUCACUCUGGAGAUCAUGGAGGUGGAGGAGCAGGACAGGGGGAUGUAUUUCUGCUCCGCACGCCGUGCAGGGGUCCUGUGGUUUAACAGAGCGACUCUUCUCUCUGUGGACGGAGCUGAUGGGACGUCAGCCACAGAUGAGACUGGUCCGCCAUGUUGGAGCGUGGGAAUCUGUGUCCUUCCUGCUGCACUUGUCCUCGUCCUCGUCCUCGUCCUCUUCCUGGGCUCAGGUAAACCAGCUGUUUGCAGCUGUCGCUCGGGGAGCAGGGCGGCGGCUCCGAGGGUCACAGAGGACGACUCGCUCCAUUACUCCAGUCUGAAGCCACGCCCCCCCGGCCAGCGGCCAGCACGAUUGGUGGAGAAGGACGUGACGUACUCGGCAGUGAGGGUCGCAAAAACCCAACGGGAUCGUCUGACCGCAGAAAGACGGUUUCACUGCCACCUGCCGCGUCCUGGACAGAUUGUCGGGGCCACACAACGCAGCUAAAGUCAUUCUAUCAUUUUUAUACAUUCAAAGUACAAAGUUUGAUGUUAUAAGUUUUUAUGCUGUAAUAAUGUGAACCAAAAAUAAACUUCACGUUAUGAGA